AUGGACUUCCCGAGGGGCGCAAACACCAACAUACAUCUCAUUGAAGGAUUCUCUAAUAUCUACUGGAGAAUAUAUACAGAAGAGGUUGGUAUCGCAAAUAACCCACAGGAAGGCCCCGCCAAUGGCUACACUAUUCUCAAACACCUGAGUCGUCUCAAAGAUCUCGAGGCUCGGCUAAGAAAUUUAAACUGCCUGGCAUCAUGCCCAAGACGACUGGGACUUUGGGUGUUCUCCCCCACACCCGAUUUCGAAAGUCUGAAACCCCUGUAUGUGAGGGGAAGUGACGCAGAAUCUAAUAAAAUCGUCAUCGGCACCACAACGUUGAAAGUCUCUGCUUCGGGGAGUGUCUCUUCAUUGGACUUGGUAAAAGGCCUGUCAUCUGACAAUCCCAGUGGCCAGCCACGUCCGCCCCAGGGUCAGCCAUCAUCUCGCCGCCAGGAUAGCUAUAGUAGCUCGGCAGCCAUUUACGCUUCAUUCAUAUCCGCGGUGACUGGUACGAUUAGUUUACAGUUGGUCCGACGCCAUGGUGCUUUGCCGCUCGGGUCACGCACUCUUUUUACAGCAGUGGAGAAGUUGGGCUACGAGGUUCCCCACAUCAACAAUGACAGCAUUCUCUCCACUUCAUGCCUGACGACGCUUAAUGUUCAACUUACGAUGGCUGGAACAAUCACUGUUUCUGCCCAAACAUUGUCCCAAGCGGGCAUCACGCGGCUGUGUAAUCCAAGAGGUGAUAUCACGCACACACCCAUUGCAAAGCCCGGAAUAGACGUAUGGCUAUGCCCAAACGGGUCGAUCGCCAGACUUGUCACUGCCAAUGUCGAUUCAUCAAUUUCCCUUUCCCCAAAUCACCCCACUCCCGGGGAUAAUCCUGCAAAACUUACGCAAUGGAAGUUGGAUGUUGUGCAGUGGCUUCUAAAUUUUGGGAUGCAGGUUGAGGGAAUUGAUGAAGAACCUUGGGUGGAGGUGGAAGUGUGGGAACCAUUUUUCGCGAGACUCGCUGGGGAAGCAUGGCGACAAAGUGAUGAUAGUUCAUCUAUGCUGCCCUUGAAACGCAUGCUGUGGCCGGCGAGAUUUUGCUUCAGAAGGGCUAGCUCAUCAAAAUCCUCCUCAGGGGUCCAGACUUCUCUUCUUGACGAACCCUUAGAUUUUGCUGAGCAAUGGUCCACCGUGACUAGUUCUCUCAACCUAGACCUUGCUGUCAAUCUUCAAAAUACUCCCAUCGCCCAAGAAGCCCCGCCAGGAGUCCAUGAUAUGAUACAUUCUCCCAAAAUCGAAAUCACCGACAACAUAGAGAGUUUAUCCCGACUUGCGCAGUAUCCUGACCUCCAAUCAGCACAUCUUGUGUAUCCGACUCCACCAGAAGGAGCUACUGCAAUUGGACUGGGCGCUUUAAGCACAACCGAAGCUUUUGCCGAUAGCUCUGAUUUCGGAAUUUCUCGAGCCCAACAAUCAAGCCCCAAAGGAAACGCCCCAGAUUCCGGUUCACCGCCAAAUCAGAACAACAAUAUUGGAGUUGGCACUGGUAGAUAUGACGAAAGUGACGAGGAAGAUCUUUUCGGCGAAAUAAAUGGCAAAGACUUCGGAUCGAAGGGUAUCACAGACGCGGACUUCAGCUUCUUUGACGAUCCAGACUUCGACGGUAUGGGCGGUGAUGACCAGCCAGAAGAAAUAGAGCAAGCACUGCAACCAUCUCCCGGUCGAAGCUACCUGGACCCCGAUGCUAUGGUGGAUGAAAGUCCAUCUCUCUGUCAAAUGCCGGAAUCAGAACAACAAUUUCCUACACAGGAGGACCAUCAUAUCCCAAUACACGAUCAAAUGACAGACUCACCUGCUCAGACCAAACUUCCCGACGAGCAAGUUCACUCGCCUACAGACCGGGCAGCUCAAACGAUUAGCCCACCCCUGAGCCCAGUAGAGGUGAGGAAAAUACUUUUCCCUGGGCUACAGCCACCAGAUUCCGACCAUUCUACUGGUGAUCGGGUUCAAGGUCAUUACCUUCCAGUCGCCUUCCAGAAAAGACUUGGGAAUUGGGACCAGAAGUAUGGAGCAGCUGGCAAAUUCUGGUUUUCUGCCGAUAAUCCAUCAGAGAGCUUGGGUCAAACAUCUGCUAUACCUAUCAUCGGCCUACCUCACCGUGCUCGGGGCAGUGCCGGCGGAUCUAUUAUUACGAAGGACAUCAAUGCUUCAAGAUCUGGAACUAGGAUAACGCAAGCUCCUCGUUCAGCUUCUGUCAGCAGUGACGACAGCGAUGACAGCGAUGACAGCGUCAAUAUGAUUUCAGAGCAUGCGCCAACGACAACGGCUGUGUCCACUAUAACCUCUCUGAAGCGCAAGCGAGCUCCAUCCGAUUCUGAUGUUUUAUCAGUCACCUCACCAGAAAAGCCCUUGUCUGUAAACGACACAAUUGCCACAACUUCAACUGCAACAGAGAACUCCACCUUCUUGGGCAACUUUCUGGCCAACUUCUCUGAUUGGUCUUUGAUCGGGUACUUUUCAGCAUUCACACCACACCAACAGCCCGUACUUCUUCGCCGAGAACAUCAGCCUCAAGUUGCGCAACUUCUAGUUGACCAAAUCACCCAAUCAUCUCUGAAGCAUUCGCUUGAUGGCCAUAUCUCCCUAUUUGACCUCGAAACUCAAUGUCCCUCAUUGCAGCCUCUUGAUGAUAUUAACCUAAUAGGCCAUGCCUCAAAAUUGGACCUAAAGAAAUACACAUCAUUGCAAGAUGAGUUGUUUGCCAGCCAACCGCAACAUAGGCUACCGCAACAACCUCCACAACAUCCACCGACGGUGAAAGAAGCUCCGAGGAGUUUCAUUUUCAAGUUGCCAGCGCCCCAUGUACGUAUUCGCAGGGGCAAAGAAUUCUUGGAAGCACUUCCUCCAACUGUUUCCUUUUGGGAGACAUUUGGGCUUGAACCAGCCCAUGGGCCAAAAGAUAUAUCUGCAUAUUGCAUUCAUCCAACCUUUGCCUCACAAGCAGCAGAUGUAUUUCUGAAGCGUUUCGGUCUUCUCUAUCAAAGUUGCAACCUGGGAAAUCAUACCAGAGGAGAAUGCUCACUUGCAUUUGAAGAUGGUUUGAGGCCAUGGCAAUCUGAAUCGCCCCGCUAUGAAUCUAUGAUGCAGGUACUUAAGGGACUAUGUGAAGAACUCGGGUCGGAGCUCUCACAGUCACUACCAAGUGCUGAUAACUGUGUUGUCUACAUCAUAAACCCAUUCAAGCAUGCAUCCGCGCUUGCUGAUAUCUGCUCGGCCUUCUGGCAACUGUUCCAGCAACUGGUUGCGGAUUCCGAACACCGACAAACUCGGCCUGUGGAUGAGCUUGUCCUGCAGAUCAUUCCAUUGGAAUUCAUCAUGUCAAGUGAAACCAUGGUGGUGCCUCCGCAGUCGGAUUACUUGAAUUUAGCACUCGAAGUAUAUGGCCGAUGCCGUCCAAUGGACACCGAUACGACUUCUCUGCUCUGCACGCCACCCAUACUGCUCGCCGAUUCUCUCCCAACGGGCAUUAGUUUCCAACUUGCUUCUGAGCGGGCAUCGCCGCUCAAAGACGGACGAACCCUCCACAUUGCCUGUUCCCGAAGUCUCGAUCAGCGCUGGAUAUCGGUGGCAUGGUCCGAUGUCCCAGGUUCCAUCCAAAGAACCAUGUCUUACUGCACUAAAUAUCGCCAGUCGGGUGGUAGUAGUAGGUCAAUUUCCGAAGUACGACAGGAGAUCUGGGCCACGACAAGACACAUUAUGAAUAAACUCCAAGCGCGAUGGAAAGUUCAACUAGUGACCACCGAACCCAUGGAGCCCGAUGAGGUCGAAGGCUGGGUCAAUCUUGCAGAACAUCACAACAAAUUACGACCUGGUUCAUUGGAAUUGACCAUCCUCGCUGUUAACGUCAUUCCCGACUUAAUACUCGAGCCUCCAUACCCAUCCACCUCGAUGUCUAUGCUCAAUUCACUCUCCUCGUCUACACCUGUUUCUACUCCUAAUCCAAGUACUAGCAUUGCAUCACCCGAACAGUCCGGAAAUGCAGCGACACCAACCAGCACCGGACCCGCUGCCUACAGUGCACCUACCCCUACAGAAAUGUCACUCGACACCGAUCCAGAGGCUGUUCUCGUUGAUAUUUGUGACGAGUCUUGGUUAGCCAUCUUAUCCCACCGCCUCAACAGCUCUCCGCACCUCACCGAAUUCCGACCUGCUUUGUCUAGCGGGUAUCUUCUCCGCCGCAAAGGCGCCACUGACGGCGACGGUGUUUUCGCUAUGGCCGUCAAUCUCAUCCAUUCCCCUCGCCCUGUCCCAUCGCAUGAUAAUGUCUUAAAGAAAGUCUUGAGCAUGUAUCGGGACAUGAGUAGCCUAGCCCGGGCUAAGGGCACAUGCAGCGUGCAAAACAACACACUGCCUUGGCACAUUGUGACGGCUCUCCGUGCACAGGAGCUACUGAGUUAUGUUUUUUGA